AUGCAUGAGUUACCGGAGCUACUGAGAGCUGAUGUUGAACUGCCGCUGCAGCAGGCUGACUUCAGAAGCGAGAAAAACCACUUAGAAUUAUCUCUGGUUUUCUCCGAAACGUCACAGACUGGCCUGGUGCGCCGAGAAGUCUGGCCCUAUCAUUCAUCCGAUCAAGAGCAACAUCGAGUGCUCAAUCAAGGUGCUUUUCAAAAGCACCACGUGAGGCUCAACCGCAGCGAGAGCUUAUCAGGAGUGAUGCGAGGCCGACAGCUCUAUAAAGGCUCAACGCUGCCAGAUGCACGCAAUCGGCUGCGCUGCCGCAAUGCUCCGCUUUCUCACCGUCUUGGGCGUCGUCGCCGGGCUCCCCCACUGAUGGAACGUAGUGCAGGAGGAAGAAUUGUGAAUGGAACAGAUGCUCUGUCAGGACAGUACCCUUACCAGAUCUCAUUGAGAAGCAAUGGAAGACACAGCUGUGGAGGCAGUAUAAUCAACGAAAACUUCAUUCUCACAGCUGCUCAUUGCGUUAUUGGGUCUUCCGCUUCAUCUUUAUCCGUCGAAGCCGGCACAACGCAACUUGGGGAAGGUGUUCAGGUACCCGUCGCAGCAGUAAGAUAUCACACCGGGUAUCGUCCAUCCAAUUACUACAUCCACGACAUCGCUGUUCUGAAGCUGGCCGCACCUCUGCCGUUGAAUGACCUCAUUCAGCCCAUCACGCUGCCAGCUCAGAUGCAAGACACAGCUGCUGGAACUCCUGCCGUUCUCACAGGAUGGGGACUUCCUUAUACUGGAGGCUCCGUUAUGCAGAGGCUUCAAACUGUGGACAUUCUGAUAGUCUCCGACGAGGAGUGUCUGGCUAUUCACAGCUCAUCUAUUCCUGGAUACACCCCGAUGUACCCGCAUCCCAGUAACAUUUGCGCUGGUGUCCCAGGCGGCGGCAAAGGGCAGUGCAACGGAGACUCCGGCGGCCCUCUGGUGGCGAACGGCGUGCAGGUGGGAGUGGUCUCCUGGUCGCAGAAGCCCUGCACCGUCGCGCCCUUCCCCGGCGUCUUCACCGAAGUGUCCUACUACAUCGACUGGAUCCAGGAGCAGAUCCAGGACUGAUACUACGCAGUGUUCAUUACAUGCCACAUAACACACAGUCUGCAACUCAGUUCUUGCUUUGUUGAAAAGUACAAUAGAGAAGAAUAUAGAACCGUGAAUGAAAUGAGAAAUAAUCAUGUUUUUUAUUGAUAUCACUUCCAGAAGACAACUUAUGAAUAGCAUAUUUAAAAUUCAUUUUUAAACACUCUAAAAUCCAUUUCUUUUCAAUAAAAAUGUUUAUUUCAGAACCUCCUUAUACAAAUAAACAUAUACUACAUAAUGAAGAGAAAAAUGAUCAUUUUGCUUACACUCAAAAUACUUGAAAAAUUGUAAAUAUUACCCGUCCCUGCUGAAAGAAUGUGAAGUAUGUUUUGUUUUUCAUUUUUGCUCAACAUGCGUGUAUGAAAUGUAUAGAUCUGGUUAAACUUUAACUUUUGUAAUUAGAACAUCGGGAA